AUGAUUGCCGCAUUGAUCGGGCGGGUGAAGGUACCUUUACCCUCCUCCUCCUCCUCCAUCUCCACCUCCCCCCCGCCCCCUGCUUGCUUAUCAAAAGCUUCCCCCAAAACGCGCGCCGCCACCAUGUCUUCCCCCGGUCCGGCUGCCGUCGCGUCCUCUUCCUCAGCCGCGGAACCGCCAGCGCCGUUCCAGAAGAAGGACGCGUCGCACGGCGCCUUCUACGCCGGCUUCUUCAAGGGCAUGUUCUCGGCCUUCGACGGCAUGCUGCUCUUCGCCUCGUCCAAGCAGCUGCGCCGCGUCUUCUGGAGCCUGCUCGCCCCGAUGCGCAACGCCCAGAUCGCCUACGUCUUCACCGGCGUCCUCAUCUUCCUGCUGCUGCGCGACCCGGCCGACGACGCCGCCGAGCUGUUCUGGACCAUCUCGCGCUGGGGCCGCAUCGUCACCGUCCUCACCACGUUUCUGCUUGAGAAGAAGUACCACGCAAACUCCAUCAUGUUCUUCGAGGCCCUCCAGGUCCUCAACCCUUCCUUUGCGCAAGCACUCAAGGACACCCCCAAGACCAACACUAGCCUCAAGGAUAAAUGGAACAAGGUCAAGAGGGUCGCUAAGCUCACCUUAUUCAAGGCAACCGGCGCCAUAAUUAACCGCAUCUUCCCGGGCGGCAGGUACAUCGCCAUUCCCGCUGUCAAGUUUGUUUCCAUGCGCCCUGUCCUCGGCGCCCCAGUCGCAGCGGGCCUCGCCUCCAUACAUGCCAUCCCGGUCCAGUUUCUGGAGUCUUCGCGCGUCGAUGACGCUUUGGUGUCUGUUGGUGAGGCCAUCCUCGACGCCGACGAGCUGGGCACUGACGCCACGCGCGAGUUCCACACGCGCCUGGAUUCGGAGGAGACCCGACAUUACUUUGCGGAGCGCUAUCGCGGCUACCUCACCGGUUGUGGCUUUGUCUACAGUUUGCUUGAAGCCGUGCCCUUGUUGGGCAUUCCCAUGUCUCUCAUCGCGGAAUGUGGCGCCGCUUGCGUCGUCACUGACAUCGUCAAACGCAACCUCGACAAGGAGAAUCGGAGACCGCUUGUGUGCGAAGACAAAGUAAACCACGACAAAACGUCGUAGAGAGUCGCUUGCCUUUUGUA